AUGGUCAUUCCCAUAUACAUAAGUGAAGGAUCGCCUGCAAAAAUUCGUGGUAAAUUAGUAACAGUAUAUCAGUUUAUGAUAGCAUUUGGAUUCACAGUAGCUAAUGCAGCGGCAGCCUGGUUUGCACAUUAUGAUCCAGAAAAUAUUGGCUGGCGCUUGAUGUUUUCAUUUGCUGCUCUACCUGCUGUCGUACAGGUAGCAACACUUGCAGCUGUAUUUAGUCAGAAGCUGAACUUCAAAGACUCAGUCAUAUUUUAG